AGUCGGCGCCCCUGGAAUAAACACUAAUCUUUAUUGGUAUUCGUGCAAGAGGUUCAGGCAACCUAAUGCGCACUAUUCUCUCAUUUCAAUUUGGUUAAUUUAUCCUCGCUCGGUAUUCGAUUGUGGGUGUAGGAUUAAAAAUCCGUUCGUCGAAAUUUUACAAAUAUGACGGAACUAUGUGUACAACACUGAAUGUAGCAACUAAAAGACGACUUCAAGUGAAUGAGCAAAACAGUACACUUUAGUUCGUCACAUAAAAGAUUAGUUCCCUUUGUUGAGGUGCACACGCACUGCGGGGGAUACAUCUGAACGUAUAAGAGUCUUGUUCUGGUCUGAAUAUCAUAAAUUAUCAUUAAUCUUGUUCAAAUAUUUACUAAAGAUACGAGGAACCUUUGCAUUCUGCACCUUUUAUAGACCUGAUCUUUAUUUAUUUAAAAGCAGCAUUUCUUCUGAAACGUAAAGAAAACAGUUACCCUAGGAUUCAAGAAACCUUCCUGAAAUCCCAUCCAAGAUUUGCAAUGGCAUUUUAUCUGUUGACCAGAAAGAUUUACUCCAGCUUAUCCAACUGUUGCUGGAAAGAUCCUUUGCUCUGUCUUUCCCUUUCCGUAUUUUCCGAUUUGUUUCAGCGACAUCUUGAAGCUUGAAGUUGAAAUGGAACCAUGUGGAACGGAUCAUUCGAAAAAAGUCACAAGAAAAUGUGUAACGUUCGACGAAGCGCUGGUGUUGACAAAGUUCGGUAUCUUCAACUACACCUUGAUACUGGUAUGCGGGCUGAUCUUGGCGGUAGCGAUGCUUGAGAUUCUGAGCAUCAGCUACAUUAUAGCGGUUGCCGAGUGCGACUUGAACUUGUCGACGCGGGAAAAGGGCAUUCUCAGCGCGGUGGUGUUUGUCGGAAUUAUCGUCAGUUCGCACCUGUGGGGCUUCCUGGCGGAUACCCAGGGUCGCCGGAAGGUGAUCAUUCCAACGCUGUGUCUAGCGUUCACAUCGACCGUUUGCUCCAGCUUCAUGACGAGCUUUUGGUGGAUCACCGUGUUUCGCUUCAUGUGGGGCUUCCUGGCGGAUACCCAGGGUCGCCGGAAGGUGAUCAUUCCAACGCUGUGUCUAGCGUUCACAUCGACCGUUUGCUCCAGCUUCAUGACGAGCUUUUGGUGGAUCACCGUGUUUCGCUUCAUGACGGGGUUUUUAAUUUCCGGUGCCUCCGCUCCUGUCUACGCGUAUCUUGGUGAGUUCCACUGUCAUGCCAGUAGAUCUCGGGCCAUCAUGGGAGCAUCCUUCGUCGUAGGAGUUAGUUGUCUGUUUCUACCCGUGGUGGCAUUUCUGGUUAUCGAUCAAAGUUGGACGUUCACGAUCCCACUGCUGGACAUACAAUACCGUCCCUGGCGUUUGUUCCUAGUCGUUUGUGGACUACCCGGGAUCGUUGGUGCCCUGGCUAUGACGAGGUUCCCGGAGGCACCCAAAUUCGUGUUUGAUCACGGUGAUAAGACGAAGACGCUUGAAAUAGUUCAGUGGAUGCAUCGUAUCAAUACGUUUGGAAAGCAACCAGUGCUUGAACUCGAACUCCUGGACGAAGAGUCGGAGUCCGAUCCCGACAAGGUAAACUACUCCGCGAUCAGUGUAUCCGACGGAUGCUCCGCCGUAGCCAGGAAGAUCUGGAACCAAACGGCUCCGCUGUUCAUGAAGCCCUACCUCAGAAAAACUGCUCUGGUUUGUAGUCUGCAGUUUGGGACAUACGUGUCCGCGUACGGGAUGUACAUGUUCUUUCCUGGAAUCUUGGAUCAACUAGUUGACGCGCAGGAAGUGGGUCUCAACCAGACCACUCUCUGUGAGAUUGUCUACUCCCGGUUCGAUUUGAUCGUCAACGAAGGAAGCCAGCAGAACUGUAACGGGUCGCUAGCCAUGACCACCUACGGGUAUUCCUUCGUGUUGGACUUUAUCUACAUGCUCGGAGUUGCGCUCAUUGCCACGAUCAUCAGCUACGUGGGUAGAUUGCCGAUUUUGGUGUUCAUCUUCACGUGUAGCGGGAUCGCGGGUAUUCUGGUUACUUUCGUGACCGUUCCGGUGGCUUCCAUGUGGCUGUACAUGGUGCACCUGCUGAGCUGUUGCGCUAUGGGAGUCAUCAAUGCCGUAGCUGUGGAUCUGUUUCCCACCCAUUUGAGGGCAAUGGCCGUCAGCGUUUCUCUGAUGUUUGGGCAGCUGGGUAGUGUCUUUGGAACAAACAUGAACGGACUGUUGCUGGACAGUCACUGUGAGCUGUCGUUCUGGACUUCCGGUAGCAUGAUGCUAGUUUGCACCGGGAUGGCGUUCUUCAUUUCGCGGGUUCUUAAACGAAAGGAAGCUGUUGAGGCGUAAGGUUUGAAGUAAAUGCAAAAUAAACAAGGUUUUGUACUGU